AUGGGGAGGAAAUAUGCACUUCUCCCAAGAAGGCAAACCCUAUCACCGACAGAGUUACGAGGGACACCUCUCCUCUCUUCCUCUUGCAAAGAUGAUUCGUUGCACCUCCAGGCUUCAAUGAAAAGAAAGCAGGAUGGGAAUUUACUUCAACUUCAUCAUCAUUAUCCCCCGCUCAAUAGCAUAAUCAGGACUGUAUUGCAGGCAGGCAGGCAGGCAGGCAGGCACUUUCGGGACGGGGAUGGGGAUGUCGUGGUUAAGGAUAGGCAGGACUCCGUAGAUAGGGCUGGCUGGCUGGCUUUCACUGCUGUGCCGUGUUUGGUCUUGGCGAUGGAUGUAGGAGGAAGGUCUACUGCUGUCAACAUUGAUAACACAGCUUGCUGUAGACUCUGGAACGCAAAAGUCAUCGAGGCCGACACAGGGCUUGAUUUACUGCUCAACCCCCCUCCCCCCUUUGUAGUCCCUCGACCAACAGGGGUCGAGCAGACGUCUCGUCACACCCUUCGAGCACGGAAAGAAAAAAAAAAGAAAAGGACGAAAGAACCAGGCGAAUCUGGUGAAUCAACUGUUUUUGGAACUGACAACGGCAGAGAGCAUAAUAGGAACAAGUACAAAUCCAACAAAACACACGGCUACAUCCGAAUGAUUCCUUGCAAAUGCGCGUGA